AUGUUACUCGCUUCUGACAUCAGCAAGGCCUAUUCUGAACGCACCUUGUUCAGCGGGCUGAACCUCUCCCUGGCAGCCGGCGACCGUAUUGCGCUGAUUGGCGCCAACGGUUCGGGCAAGACCACCCUCCUUGACAUUCUUGCCGGUCAGUCCCUGCCAGACGGCGGGACAAUAUCCCAGCGGCGCAACGCCAAGGUUGGCUACCUGAAGCAGGAACCGGGCGACUUUGCCGGCCAGUCGCUGCUCCAAGAGGUGCUGAACGCCAACCAGGAGGCGGUCGCCCUGGCGAGCCGCAUUGCCACCACAAGGGAGGCCCUGUCGUCGGCGACGGAUCCCUUGGAACAGCAAGAGCUGACCGACCUGCUCUCUCGACUUGACGAGGAUAUGGAAGCCGCGGGUGGUGACGACCGCGACCAUGAGGCGAAAGCCAUCCUGUCGGGCCUCGGCUUCAAGGAGAGUGAUUUCUCCCGAGGCAUGAACGAGUUCAGCGGCGGUUGGAUAAUGCGGGCCGAACUGGCCCGGCUGCUGUUCCGAAAGCCCGACCUUCUCCUGCUGGACGAGCCGACCAACCACCUGGACCUUGAAGCCAACCUCUGGUUCGAGAAGUACCUGUCCUCCUUCCCCGGCGGAGUGGUGAUAACGUCCCACGACCGGGCUUUUCUGAACCAGGUUGCCAACCGGAUCCUGGCCAUCGAACCCGGGGAGGUCGUGAAUCACCGGGGCAACUACGACGAUUACCUGCUCGCCCGAGAGAGGGCGCUGGAGAUAAAACAGGCGGCCGCCGCUCGGCAGGAACGCGAGAUACAGCGGCAGAUGAAGAAGGUGCGAUUCUCAUUCCCUGAGCCGCCGCGAAGCGGUCUGGACGUACUCACGCUGGCCAACGUCGGCAAAUCGUACGGCAACAAUGUUGUAUAUCGCGGGGUGAACCUGACGCUGGAGCGGGGCGACCGGGUUGCCCUGGUCGGUCCCAACGGAGCCGGCAAAUCCACCAUGCUCAAGAUUCUUGCCGGCGUUCUGCCCAUCGACAACGGGCAACGCAAGCUUGGCUACAACGUCAUUCCCGCCUACUACGCCCAGCACGUGCUGGACCUGCUCGACCCAAGCAACAAUCCCCUCGAGGAACUGCGGGAGAUCGCGCCUGCGGAGUCCGAGCAGAACCUGCGGACGACCUUGGGCGGAUUUCUGUUCAGCGGGGACGACAUCCUCAAGCGUAUCGACGUCCUGUCCGGUGGCGAAAAGGCGCGGGUCGCGCUGGCCAAGCUGCUCCUCCAGCCCAGCAAUAUCCUGCUGAUGGAUGAGCCAACCAACCACCUGGACAUUGCAUCCCGGGAGAUCCUGGCCGAUGCUCUCGGCGACUACCACGGCACCAUCUGCCUUGUUACACACGACCGCACCCUAAUCAGGCAGGUGGCGAACAAGAUCAUUGAGAUAGACGGGGGAGUGCCCAGGGUCUUCCACGGGGACUACGACGGUUACCUGCUCUGGAAGCAGCAGGAAGCCGAGACAAAGCCCGCUCCGGCGGGCAGCAACGCCAAGGAACCCGACGCCGCUGGCGGUGCGAAGCGCGGCCGACGUCCGGGGCGGAUCCUGACGGCCAAGGAGGAGCAUCAGCGAGCCCUGGGCAGGCAGGCACGCAAACUUGCCGCCCGGAUUGACGAGCUCGGCACCGCCAUCAGCGAGCGGGAGGCCCUCAGCGCCGAGCUGGAAGCCAUGUUCGCCAGCCCCGAGAGGUUCGACGAUUGGGCCCAGCUGGAGGCCUCGAGCGAACGCUACCGGAUCCUCAAGGAAGAGGAACAGACCCUUUGGGACGAAUGGGAACGAUUGUCGCUGGAAGCGGAGGAUGUGGACCAGAGUCUUGUGGAACUCAGUGCCGGCUAA